AUGAAACGAAAAUUCGUCACCCCGUUCAAAAACCCACCACCAGCAAAGCCUUCGACUACCGCUGCUGAUUCCAAUAAAGCCUCUUCAACAAGUUCCGAUAAAGCAAACUCAACACAACCAGAGUCAUCAAGCCAGUCGUCUACUACUGCUAACAAUAUUCCUUCUCAAUCCUCGAAUGCCAGUCAGGAUCAAGGAAAUAAGAGGUACACGUUGUUUGAUUCAGGUGGAAAACAAUUGACUGCCAAACCUGUGUCAAAAAUCGAAACUUUUCGAGAAGGAGACCAGAUGGUGUUGGGAGCAAAAUUGGUUGAAUUCAUGAACAAAAUCAAAAUGGAAGACUAUGUGAGCGGAAGAAUUUUUCUCCAAUACAAUUCAAAUUUGACAAGCAAAGCAUCUGCACCCUUGAUAUCAAAAACUGCUACAACCAAAUUCAAACCUCACAGCACUACUAAGACAGCAGGUCUUGGUUACAACAACAAUGAAGUGGAGGUUAUUAAAGCUCCUGAGGGAACUUAUAUUUUGAAUGAGGGACAUCCUGAGAAGGAUAAGUCAGGAACAAAGAUUUCUGACGUGUACAUUGAUAAUUUUAUUGGAGAAAACUUGAGACCUCACCAAGUAGAAGGUGUCAAAUUUAUGUAUGAAUGUGUGAUGGGUAUGAAAGAUUUUGCUGGAAAAGGAAUGCUGCUGGCCGAUGAAAUGGGUUUAGGUAAAACAUUGCAAUCAAUAGCCUUGAUAUAUACGCUGUUGAGAAGAGGUCCUUUUGGUAAACCUGUGAUCAAGAAGGCCAUUGUGGUGACAAACUCGUCUUUGGUGAAAAAUUGGACACAUGAAUUCGAUAAAUGGAUCGGCGACGACAAGAUCAAAGUUCUCACUGUCGCAACAAAGACUGCAAAGCAAUCACCUUCUGAAACGUUAAAAGUAUUCAAGGCAGGAUAUCAUCAAGUUUUAAUUAUUUCAUACAACCUUUGUACAAAUUAUGUGGAUGAACUACAAGAGUGUCAAUGUGAUUUGUUAAUUUGUGAUGAAGGUCACAAACUCAAGAAUGCUAAUAUUAAGAUUUUCCAAACCUUGAAAAAGCUCAGCACACCAAGAAGAAUCGUUCUCAGCGGUACUCCUCUUCAAAAUGAUUUGAACGAGUUCUUUACCAUUUGUGAUUUUAUUAAUCCUGGAUUAUUGGGAGAUGCAACUUCUUUCAAAAAUUUAUUUACGAACCAAUUAAGAGAGGACAAGAACCCAAUGCAAAGAAACAAGAUAAAAUUCUUGGUGACAACAGAUCAAAAGAGUUGA